CCUGUAGAGGGCGCGCGUACACCGCAAGCCAGAUGUAGACCUUCUCCAGAAGAAGAUGAAGAAGCUACCGUUACGACGCUGAGGUUCGGUUUACGGAUUAUACCAUCUAACCCGGAGUUGGUUGGUGCAGGUGUGCUCAGAAGAAUAAAGAAAUCGGAACCUUUUAAUUGUUUUCAUCGCUGAGCUUUAUACUUUAGUUAAGAGCGGCUGCACCUCUCCGGUCCGACCGGUUUGGUCUCUGAGAAAAAUGGCGGCACAGGGAGGCGUACUGUUCAUGGAGAAGGUCAGCAGGCUGCUCAGCAGACAGAACGGAAAACCAGUCCUGAAACCCAACAGACCGCUGGUUCUGAAGGACUCUGUAGCCAAUAGGAAACCCAAGAAAGGAGAGGCCUCCUGCAUCACAGAAAUGUCCCUCUUGAUGGCUUGUUGGAAACAGAACAACUUUGUGGACGGUCUGUGCUCUAAUGAGAUUCACAGCUUCUACACGUGUGUUCAGAAAACACAGGCAACUAUGAAGAAUAUGUCUAAACAGGACGUCAUCACAGGAGGACGUCUGUCACCAAAACAAGCUACAACUCUGCUGAGGAGGUUUCCUAACCUGCAAUCUGAGAUCUAACAAAUCUCAACAUGCCAUUGUAAUACAUUUGUUUUCCCUAUGAUGGUGUACAGACUAGCCAGCUACUGUAUGAUGAUCUAUUUAUACAUUUGUUAAAUAAAUUGUUAAACUUG